AGGUUAAACUCAAUACAGAAUCACACCGUUAAAUUAUAUUUGGUAAACCGCGAUCAUGCGGAUAUUAUUAUAUACUAGAUCAAAUACCAAAACCGAAACUCCACAUCAUUGUGAAUCAUGAAAAUGUACGGGAUGGGAUUAAAAUUCUGGAUAUUUGUUUUUUGUUAUGGUUUUACUGUUGUUGCUGCAAGGCAGUGUUUUCAGAUAUUUCCUAAAGACAAUGUAACCGUCGCGACCGGUGAAAGCCUACAAGUGAACUGCUCAGUUAACAUGGCACACAACAUCAGUGAUUGUUUUGAUAAUGUUGCUAUCAAUGACGUGUCGGUUUAUAAGGGAAGUAAGCAAUUUGGAACGAAAAGUUUAACUCAUUUUGAGGAAAAUGAAUCAGUUGCACUGACGAUUCAUCAAACAACCUUUGACGACAGCGGACUUUACAGCUGCGUUUAUAACAGUACAAUAUACUCAUCUGUGAACAUAAGUGUUGGAGAAAGCCCUAGAGCGCCCACAGAUCUAUUUUGUAUUACCUAUAAUUUUACUGCGUUGAAAUGUUAUUUCAAAUUGUUUGAAACCAAUAUCCCUACAGACACGGAAAUGAAAUUCAAAAGGAACUGGCAUAAUUGGACGACUUUAAGAAGAUCAAACUGUAACAUUGCAGAGGGGACGUGCUGGUUAGAUAGCGAAAAUGAUGAACCUUCUGAGUACACUUUUCUACCCAAUGUUGAAUAUGAAAUUUGCGUUGAGACACGAAAUAAACUGGGCGAGAACUCAAGUUACAUAAAGAUUGAAAAUACUUAUAACAUAGUUAAACCAGCUCCCGUUGGAAGCGUACAUUUUACAGAAGUGACUGGAACUAGUGUUGAACUUCACUGGGUGUGCCCAAAAGGACUCAGUUAUAAAGAUGAUGUUCAAAUAGACUAUAGAAUUACAGUAACAUCGGACUUGCACCAAGAAGACUAUUAUAAACUAAACAGCUCAAGCGUUGACGAGCACAUGGUUAUAACUGGUCUAAAACCUUCCACCAAUUACACUGUUACUGUUCAAGCCAAACCUUCAGCCGCUACUAGAGAUAUAUACUGGAGUAACAUCAGUACCAUAGUUUCAUUUGUCACUAACAGUACAGGCAUCCAAAAAUUAGACGUGAAAUUUGCAGCUGUUGCUGAGGUUACCGGAGCGACGGUCUCUGUAGUGGUAGUUUGUUGUCUAGUUGUUGUAUUAGCAUUUUAUGGGCGGAGAAAGUAUACAGUGUUUAAAGACAGAAACAGGAUUGCAACUCCGGAUGAACAUAAUGACGAGAUAGGGACUGACAUCAUUGAACCUGAAGAUGACCAGGAGAACAUAAGUGACAGUGGGUAUUUCUUGUCUUUUGCCGGAAAAAGAAGUACAUCAUCUGAUAGUACUGAAAAACUCUUGAAGAAAAAUGUUAACAACAAUCACUCAAAUAAUACAACAAUCAACAGCAACUGUAUUCUAUCAAAGAAGGUAGGUCACCAGUUAACCAAAAAUGAAAAUGAUUGCAUAAAAGCGUGUGACGAUAAAAUAUGCAAUGAUAAUGUCCACCUUGUGACAAGAGAAAGAAAUAGCGUUUUGAUACCGGGGCUAAAUAUAGAAAAUAAUGUCUCCGCUUUGCCAGAAGAAGAGAAAAAGGAUUUGAUACCGGGGAUAAAUGUACAAGAAUUCGUCUCCGUUUUGCCCGGAGAAGAAAAUAACGUUUUGAGAACAGAACAAAACAUACAAGAUUACGUCUUCACUAUGCCUGGAGAGGAAAACAAUGUUUUGAUUCUGGGAAAUGAUGUCCAUGAUUACGUCUCCACUAUGCCUGGAGAGGAAAACAAUGUUUUGAUUCCAGGAAAUGGUGUCCAUGAUUACGUCACCGCUAUGCCUGGUGAGGAAAACAAUGUUCCGAUUCUGGGAAAUGAUGUCCAUGAUUACGUCUCCACUAUGCCUGGAGAGGAAAACAAUGUUUCGAUACCGGGAAAUGAUGUUCAAGAUUACGUCUCCGCUUUACCAGAACAAGAGGAUGAUGUUUUGAUGCCAGGACAUAAUGUGCAAGAUUACGUCUUCGACAUUCCAGAGGAAAAUAACGUUUUGAUUCCGGGAAACUAUGUACAUGAUUACGUCUCUGCCAUGCCAGGGGAAGAAAAUGAUGUUUUGAUUCCGGGAAAUAAUGUGCAAGAUGAAUAUGUCUCUACUAUGUCUGUCAUCGAAAAUAAUAUUUCUACACCGAAAACCUAUGUACAAGAUUAUCUGUGCAAUUUACAAGAAGGAGAAAAUAGUUCGUUUAUGCCGGGACAUGAUAUACAAGAUUAUCUUUUGGCUGUGCCAGAAGAAGAAAAGAAAUCGAAACAUAAUGUACAUAAUUACGUGUCCGCAGUGUCAGAAGAAGAAAAUAAUUUGUUGACACCUGGACAUAAUGUACACGAUUAUGAAUUUGCUUUACCAGAAGAAGAAAAUGUUCUGAUACCGGGACAUAAUAAACAUGAAUACGUCUCCGCAAUGUCAGAAGAGGAAAAUGAUAUUCUGAUACCGGAAAAUAAUGUACACGAUUACGUUACUGCAAUGACAAAAGAAGAAAAUAAUCUUUUGCUCCCGGAACAUAUGGUAAAUGAUUAUGUUUCAGCUAUACCAGAAGAAAGUUAUUUAAUGUGAUACCUUGCGCACAAGGACGCGCUUGAAUUAAGUGUAAUAAGCUUAUUGAUGAUAGCACAACGGAAAAUUUAAUAUCCAGCAAAAACUAUAUGAAGGCUUGACGGAACAGCCGCAGAAGAAUUAGCAACAGAUAUUAUAUGUUUUGAUACCAAGACUUAUACCAAUUGAAACAAACUUAUAAAAUUACGGCUGUAGCAGCAACUUAAGUUACACGUUUAAUAUAUAACAUGAACGUUAUACGUUAAACAUUGAUAUAUCUGUGUUCAAAUAGUGAACUGAUCAAAAGUUAUUUACUAGUAUAAAAUACAAUUGUACGGAUGGUAGAAGGAACAGACAAUUGUUUUUAUGGUAAAAGGGAAAUCCCUCGAAAAACAUCAAACUUAUAUGAAAAUUGCAGAUUCGGUUUGAUGGAGAUUGUGCACGAGGGACGCACGCAAGUUUAAAAGAUUACACAUAUUACACACGUGUUUGGUCUGGCAGGAUUUGGAUUCGUUAGCGGAUUCGAAGUUUUAACAACUCAACAUUAGAGGGCCACGUGUAGUUAACAUGUUUAUUGAACAAAAUAUGAAAGUUCUAAUUGCGUAUAAUGGAAGGGAAAAAAUUGGGCUUAUGCGAUAUUGUUUUAAGUAAUAGAAACAACCAUUCUAGCAGUCAUUUAAAACAAUAAGUAAAUAUUACAAUCUCUGUAUUAUUUCAUUUUAUUGUAUAUUAUCUUAUGUUAUCAUAUGUAUACGUAAUGUUUAUUUUGCUUCUGAAUUGUUUUUACUAUUAAUUAAAGAAUUUACAAACCGAUAUAAAUAUCAUUAUCAUUCACAAUAUAUGCAUGUUUAUAUAAUUAUAUUUACAUGUAAUGUGUCAAUAAAGGCAAUAAACUGUGUUCAAAUAAUGUUC